CAUGGUAUCAAACCAUUCGUUGUAAUCUGUCAGUGCAGUAGUGCAUCCAAGUUCUGUUCUUACCGUGACACCGUGCAGAUAAACUUACCGCCGAAAUGAAAUCCUUCAUUGCCCUGUUCGUCAUCCUCGCUAUCGCCGCCGUGUUUGGAGCUGAAGAAUCCAAGGUCACAGAGAAGCGCGGAAUCUACGGAGGUCUGGGUUACGGUUAUGGAGGUUUAGGUUAUGCCGGAGGCUUGAGCCAUGGAUACUACGGCGGACUGGGCGGUUAUGGAGCCGGUUACCAUGGAUUGUCCGGCUACCACGGUGGAUACUACGGUGGUUAUCCAGGAUACCUCGGUGGUCAUGGGGGAUACUACGGUGGCCUCGGAGGAUACCCAUACGGUGGUUUCGGAUACGGGCUGCACUAAGGUGAUUGCAGCAACUGCAACAUGGUUCCCAAUACAAGGCUGUUCCUUUCAUCCCACCCAAUUUGAUAUGAGGCGAAGACUUUCAAACAUCGAAAAACACAGUGUGUUUAGUUUGGAUUACUGCGAAAAUGACUAAUUAUCUCCUGUAUUUUUAUUUUUUGUACUUACUUUCUUAUAUACUCAACUGAAACUAUACACCGUCAGUGAUUGGUGUUUCGAAAUUGAUGUGUGUAAAUAUUUGAGAUGAUGUUACUCUCUUGUACGAUACUUUUACAUUAGUAUGUAGAUUUUGUACAGUACAAUAAAUUUUUUAAAACAA